CAUCCCUUCUCAAAAAAAAAAAUUAAAAAAAUCAAAUCACUUUCUUCCCCAUUACCUUUACUUUUCUUAGAACCCUAGUUCCUAAUUUUGCAAAUUCAGACAUUUUUGUUAUUAUUCUCAAAUACCCUUUUAUAAAUUCUCAAACAAAUUCAUAUUCUUUUAAAAAAUAAUUUUUUUUUAUAAAUUGGGAUUUUUUUUAAUUGUAAAUUAGUGCAUGACGAGCGCAUCGGAAUUGUUUUAUCAGAGAAGGUCUCGUGUAGGCCGUAAUAAUACUUCAAAUUCAGAUCUUGGAAUUGACGGUGACCGGAAUUUUCAUCUUAAUUACACGCGUCGUCAUCAGAACAAUCACCACCGCCAUGAUUUUGACGGCUGUGAUCCUACUCGGAGGUCAUCGGCGCACGUUCGGUCCCACCGUCUCUCUUCGCCCUCUGAUCGAGCGUUGGUUCGGCUUGAUCAAGGUUCCAGCCAGCUUUCACCAAGUAGCAAUACCAGGAGAGAAACUUUAAGAAAUGCAAGCAGGCCAAGGUCAACUGGCAAUGACAGGCUUCCUGGAGCUGUGCUACUUGCAAGGGCGAGGCUCCUUGAGAGAUUGAGCGGAGUGUCAUUAUCUGGAAACAGGCGAAGUAGCAGAGCAUCAUUUGGCAUUUACAACAGAGAGUUCACAUUUGGCGAUGACUUGAGGGUAGUUGAUGUAGGGGACUGGGGAGCCGACAUUGCUCCAGGGCGGUCGUCUUCGAGAGGAACUCCUUUCACAUACUCAAUUUACUCAGCAGAGAGGCAGCAAUGGACAGAGGACGAUAAUGAUUUAUACAAGAAGAAACCACCCGGUCUAACUCCAGCAGAUUUUGAAUGCUUGCAGUUGGAAAUAUUCGGCAGCUCAGAAAAGGGAGCUGAAGGUGAAGUUUCUUCCGUGUUGCGGGAUUGUAGUAUAUGUCUUGAAAGCUUCAAAGACGGAGAUAAGCUUAUUCGUCUCCAAUGUGACCAUCGGUUCCACUCUUCUUGCUUGGAUCCCUGGGUUAGAACUUGUGGUGAUUGUCCAUAUUGUCGAAGAGAUAUAGCUGUAGUUAGUAAACAGUCGUAAAGCGUAAAUAUGUUUUUUUCCUUCUGAAAGAGCUUUUUCUUUUUCUUUUAGGGAGAUUUCUAUGACAUUUUAGUAAAUAGUUUUGACUCAACUGAACUGAUAUUGUAUGUAACUUUGGUUUGCACAAAUUUUUUUCAUCUGCAGUUGAGUACCAA